CGGGGCACCAGGUUAAAAGCUGAAAUGCUCUACUUGAGCCUAUGCACUUCUCAAGCGCUUUCAAGAUUGGUGUUUCAGGCGGUUCGCCUUGUAUUCAGAUAUAAUUAACUAAUCCUAAACAAGCUCUUAAGAUGGAUGCCGUGAACAGACAUCGCUCUCUUUAUAAGGGAACCACGCCGCCGUGGAAGGAAACCUAUAGGAAGCGAUGUGUGGAUCGACUGAGGAACAGUCGAUCCCGGCUGUUGGAUCGAUACCGUCAGAUGGAGGAAGGCCCUCAGCCUCCCGGUGCAAAGGGCUCCGUGGUCCAGGAGGUGAUGGAGCAAGAGUGGACCGCCCUGCAGUCAGAGGACCGCUCUCUGCCCUCGCUAUGGGGGGCAAACGGCCCUGGGCAGAUGUUUGGUGCCAUGAAGGAAUAUGAUGAACUGGCGAUGCUAGAGGAGAUCCAAAAGGAGCUCAUCUCGCAAGAGCUUUCCAUCAUUGAGGAAUACGAGAGGAACCAGCAGUUUGAGGAGCAGUACAUCUCGUCCAUCGUAGAAGGAAGGGAAGAGGUUGCCAUCCAUAUUAUUUGCCCAAUAUGCCACGGGAACCACUUGACCAUCAACAGCCAUUUUGUCUCCUGCCCCUGUGGAAUGUAUAUCAACACAAAGCACUGCAACGUCACUCCUGAGGUGGUGCAGAACCUCCUGGAGCUGAGGUUUGCUCAGCACAUGGAGGGCUGCGUCCACCACCCUGUGUUCUCCAUGGCCGCAGACACGGACACCUCCACAAACCUCGUGCUGAGCUGCCAGGCUUGUGACUUCUUGUCCAUUGUCCUGUGAAAGACCCUGCUGACUCGUCAGAUGUAUUUUAGUGUAUAUUUUAUCCAUGACCCUCUUUUGUGCAAAUAAUAUUAAAGAAAUAUUUUAAUAUAA